AUGGCGUCGUCGUCGCCGGCGGAGGUGGUGGUGGCGGAGGGCGACGCCGCGGCGGCGCUUCCCGGAAAGGACGCUGAUUUCGGGUCCGGGAGCACGGUGCUGCGCCCGGGGAGGCUCCGCGUCAUGCACCUGCACGUGGCGGAGCUACUGCGGAGCCCGCGCCGGCACGCGCGGCCUGCAACGGCGGCGAAGCCCGCGGCGCCGCAGCAUCCGCCGCUGGGCCGCGAGAGCGCGAGGUACGCGUGCGCGUUCGAGGACGACGUCGGCGGCCUCGCGGCACCCGGGCGCCUUGUGUGGGCCAAGGUGAGGCACCACCCGUGGUGGCCCGGUCAGGUGUUCGACGCGGCGGACGCGUCGGCGGAAGCGCGGGCGCACCGCAGGCCGCGCCAAGCAGUCCUCGUCGCCUACUUCUGGGACAAGACCUUCGCGUGGAACGAGGCCGCGGCGCUCCUCCCUUUCCGCGCCGGGUUCCCGCGCCUCGCCGCCAUGGCCCCCGUCGCCGCCGCCGUGGACGCCGCGCUGGCCGAGGUCGCGCGCCGCGUGGCCACCGGCCUCUCGUGCUGCUGCGACUGCGGAGGCGGCGCCUCGGGCGCCAGCAGGCAGGUGAUCGACAACGCCGGCGUCCGUGACGGCGCGUACGGGGCGCCCGUGGACGCGGCCUUCGCCAGGGGCGCGCUCCAGGGCGAGGCGCUCGUCGGGUACGUCUCCACGCUCGCCACCAACCCGCUCGCCGGGGCUGACAGGGUCGACCUCACCGUCGCCGGGGCGCAGCUCGAGGCGUUUGGCCGGUGGAGGGGCGAAACGAGGGGCCUUCCCGAGUACACGGUCUUCCACGGCAUCGAUGGUGUCGUCUCUGCGACAGCCAAGCGGAGGAGGUCGUCGACCGCAGGAGCCGGCGGUCACGGUUCUGCCAAACGGAGGGUGACCAGGAGCAGCCGCAGCGCGACGAAAGGGAACGCAGCCUGUGACACCGGCGACUACGAAGCCCUGGAACAGGAGGAUCUCCCACCACAGCCCACACCCCAGCAGAUGUCCACCAAGAUCGGGAAGCUCAUGAGCCGUGCCGCGCAGCAGAUGUCGCUCUCGCCAGUGAUCCUCAGGGCCAACGGCAACUCCUGUCCUCCUCCACCUCCGGCAGUGCCAGUGCCAGACAUGGCAAGGUGUGCAAUAGCUGCAGAUGAGCAGCUUCCUCCUAAGAACAAUGGCGAUCACGAGGUUGGGCUGGUGCUCAACUUCAGCAGCGCGAGCGCUGUGCCUUCGGCGCGUCACCUGACCAUGAUCUUCAGCCGGUUUGGGCCAGUCAUGGAUGUCCGGGCAGAGAACUCUACUGCUCUGGUGAUCUUCAAGAACGGCGUGCAUGCCGACAAGGCGUUCUCAGGCACCGCCAAGAUCGGCUCCAUCAGGGCGUCCCUGGUCAGCUUCCGUGUUACCUCGUCGCUUCCAGCCGCACCAGUUGAUCCUCCACAGCCACAUCAGAGCGUGCCGUCGGACACCUCACCUGUUGAACCUCUUCAGUAG